UCAGACUGUUAGAUAUAGUGAGGUGGAGUUGACGUCGAUUCGCCUUCGUCAAAUGUAAAAUAAAAUAUUGUUCCUGUUUAGUAAUUUUAAUUAAAAAACAAACAAGUAUUUUCAAUACAAAUAGCAGGGUACAUUUAAAUAUUAUAAUUUAAGGGAAAUACUGAACGUAACUGAUAUGGAUAAUUGACUAUUGGAGUCAUUUAAUAAAUGCUUAUUUUAUUCGUAAAAUGGAGCUAAGAGGGUUCCUACAAAUUAUUCAGUUACCAAACUGUAUCCAGAAAAUAGACAUCUUUUUGUUAUAAGAGUUCAGGAUGGUGUUGGUUGUGCAAGGAGUCGUCCAGGAUGAACCGCCACCAGACACGAGGACGCUUUACCUAAAUCAUCCGGUAUUUCGCGAUUCUGCCUCGCAGUUACUCAACAUACCUACAAAAGUCAUUGGGCCUAUCGGCCUGCUGUACGUAUGUCAGAGAGAAAUGGCCGUAACCGUACCCCAUGAUAAAAAUGUAUCUAUAAUAGGUUCGGACGAUGUUACCACUUGUAUCAUCCUUGUAAUCCGACAUACUGGUUCUGGUGCCGUGGGCUUUGCUCAUUUGGAUGGUUCAUGCACUGAAGAGUGUGUUGUCAAUAUGGUGCACAGGAUCCAAGAGCUGUCUAUUGGUUUUCCGGAUGGUCGGUUAGAAAUGUCCCUCAUUGGUGGAUUCACGCACCAGCUGCGGUAUAGUGAACAAGUGUUCUACAGUCUGAUGGUUGCUGUUCACAAACAACAAGCCGAGAUCGAACUAGUGCUCGCUUGUGUUGGCGAACUGAACACCAUAAUGCGAAAUAACGUACACUGGCCUCUGCUUUAUGGCGCUGGCGUUAUGGUUAAAAGCGGUGAAGUUUUCCCUGCUAAUUUUCCGGAUAAAGGUCCAGAACAACCGUUAAGACUUGCUAGACUUUUCACGGGCCUCCAACCUGUUUUGGAUGUAUACGACUGCAGUUUGGGUCUUUUGAGGAUCGGACCGUUCAACUAUGAGCCCAUGCGCAGCGUCGACUUGUGGCUUCAACAGUCUGAUGAAUUUAUUUUACAAGCGCUCUCUACCACUCCUGACGUGGAACCCCCCCAUACGGUCAUGGCAAUACGAGCUUCCUUGAAGUAUGUACAGGAUCAUCCGUUCCCAGCCGUCACCGUGUUCAGAGAUAAUCGUCCAUUGUACUAUAGACGAGAUGAGCAUUCUGGUACAUGGACACCAUUUCGCUAUUGACACUCGAAAGUUGUCAAGUCCAAAUUGACAAAAAUCUCUACAUGAACAUUAAUUAUAGUGAUGUUCAUCAGAUACAAUCAAAACACAAACAAAUUGACUGCAAAUUUUGUAUAGAUGUUUCAUUAUUUGUAAAUGAUUAUUAUUUUACAAAUUUAUAACUUGAUUUUUUUUUUUUACACAGAACAUUCCAUUUGGUUCUCCUAAUAUUAUUUUUAACAAUUAGGCGUUCUAGGUAUUUUUUUUGUUGUUAUUUAAGUGCCUUUGUAGUUAAAUUUGAGUUCUGUUUUUUUAAAAAAAAUUGUUUCUAAAAAUGUAGAAACUAUUAAAAAUAGAUAAAAUAUAAAUUAUGAUAAGAUAUUAAGUUAUAAUUGAACAAAACAUUACACACAUAUAUAUAU